AUGGCGGCGGGGCGGGCGGCGUCGGGUACGGGAGCGAUCGGGCGGGGAAGGUGUCCGCUGCGAGAAGCCGCAGGCUGGGGCGCCUCGCUGCGGUGUCUGCGACCGGGGGCGCAGUCCAGCCCGCCGUCCGCUGGUGCGCCCCAAGAGGCGGCAGCGGGCGGCGGGGAGCGGGGUCUGCAGUGGGCCGCAGCGUGGACGGGCUGCCUCCACGGAGGGCCGUGGGGUCAGCAGCUGCGGGAGGCGCGAGUGUCUGUGCGCGGGGCGGACCUCCGAGGCUACCAUCCGCAGGUGGCGCAGCCAGAGGCGAGGGCAAGGGAGCGGGGAGCGGGGUCUGCAGCGGGCCGCAGCGUGGAAGGGCUGCCUCCACGGAGGGCCGUGGGGUUAGCAGCUGCGGGAGGCGCGGGUGUCUGCGCGGAGCGGAUCUCUGAGGUUGGCGGCGGCUGGCGGUGUCUCUUUGGUGUCGGUUGUCGGGUGCAGGGGCAACAACGUUGUAAGGGGACGGAGUCCGCCCACAACCGACGCCCAGCCCCCGCCAGCCAAAGCCAAGGGCCUCCGACGCCACUUCCUUCCACCGAAGCGCAGCUACCAUCCCCGGAACCCGCCUCCCGCCUAGCCCCGCCAGCCGGUGCGCUGACACCCCCGGCCCGGACACCUGCCGCCACCACUGCCCUCCAGUGCCUUCUUCCCGCUGACGCUGACCUUGGCUACCUUUGCCUUGGCUCACUGACGCCCAGCGCUCUCUGCUGCCAGACGCCCUCAGACCCCUGCCACCGCCACCAGAGGCCCUCUGGCCAGGGACCCGGCUCCCUCGUUCUCAUGCAGGCCUCGCCACCUUGCAGCAGCCUAGCUCAUAGUCUCCACAGGGAACAACUUCAUCUCUCUGAACUCAACCCAUGAAAGUUCUACUUGACCCAUUUCUGCAAACAUCUGCUGCUCUACCUCCAGGGUCACAUGAGGCAGGGACAUCAUGUGAAAGCGCAAGCUCUUUCUGGAUUGGGAAGAAGUACGGAAGUGUUGAAGGAAUUUCUCUAUUGCCUUG